CGCCUGCCCCGUGCUGUGCAGCGGGAAUGGACAGUACUCCAAAGGGACGUGCCAGUGCUAUAGCGGCUGGAAAGGCGCGGAAUGUGACGUGCCCUUGAAUCAGUGCAUCGAUCCUUCCUGCGGAGGCCACGGCUCCUGCAUUGACGGCAACUGCGUCUGCUCAGCCGGCUACAAGGGCGAGCACUGCGAGGAAGUUGAUUGCUUGGAUCCUACCUGCUCCAGCCGUGGGGUCUGUGUAAAUGGAGAGUGCCUUUGCAGUCCUGGCUGGGGUGGUCUCAACUGUGAGCUGGCGAGGGUCCAGUGCCCAGACCAGUGCAGUGGGCAUGGCACGUACCUCCCGGAUGCUGGCCUCUGCAGCUGCGAUCCCCACUGGAUGGGUCCCGACUGCUCCGUCGAAGUGUGCUCAGUAGACUGUGGCACGCACGGCGUCUGCAUCGGGGGAGCCUGCCGCUGUGAAGAGGGCUGGACAGGCGCAGCGUGUGACCAGCGCGUCUGCCACCCCCGCUGCGUUGAGCACGGGACCUGUAAGGAUGGCAAAUGUGAAUGCCGAGAGGGCUGGAAUGGUGAACACUGCACCAUUGAUGGCUGCCCCGAUUUGUGUAACGGCAACGGGAGAUGCACACUGGGUCAGAGCAGCUGGCAGUGUGUCUGCCAGACCGGCUGGAGAGGGCCCGGAUGCAACGUUGCCAUGGAAACCUCCUGUGCGGAUAACAAGGAUAAUGAGGGAGAUGGCCUGGUGGACUGCCUGGACCCUGACUGCUGCCUGCAGUCAGCCUGUCAGAACAGCCUGCUCUGCCGAGGGUCCCGGGACCCCCUAGACAUCAUUCAGCAGGGCCAGACAGAUUCACCCGCAGUGAAGUCCUUCUAUGACCGCAUCAAGCUCCUGGCCGGCAAAGACAGCACCCACAUCAUUCCUGGAGACAACCCCUUCAACAGCAGUUUGGUUUCUCUCAUCCGAGGCCAAGUAGUAACUACAGAUGGGACUCCCCUGAUUGGUGUGAACGUGUCUUUUGUCAAGUAUCCAAAAUACGGCUACACCAUCACCCGCCAAGAUGGCACGUUCGACCUGAUCGCCAAUGGCGGCUCCUCCUUGACCCUGCACUUCGAGCGGGCCCCGUUCAUGAGCCAGGAGCGCACCGUGUGGCUGCCAUGGAAUAGCUUCUACGCCAUGGACACUCUGGUGAUGAAGACAGAGGAGAACUCCAUCCCCAGCUGUGACCUCAGCGGCUUUGUCCGGCCGGAUCCUAUCAUCAUUUCCUCCCCGUUGUCCACCUUCUUCAGUGCCACCCCGGGACAGAAUUCCAUUGUGCCUGAGACCCAGGUUCUUCAUGAAGAAAUUGAGCUCCCUGGUUCCACCGUGAAGCUCCGCUACCUGAGCUCCAGGACCGCAGGCUACAAGUCACUGCUGAAGAUCACCAUGACCCAAUCCACGGUGCCCUUGAACCUCAUCAAGGUUCAUCUCAUGGUGGCUGUGGAGGGGCACCUCUUCCAAAAAUCAUUCCAGGCCUCUCCCAACCUGGCCUACACCUUCAUCUGGGAUAAGACAGAUGCCUAUGGCCAAAGGGUCUACGGACUCUCUGAUGCUGUUGUUUCAGUUGGCUUUGAAUACGAGACCUGCCCCAGUCUCAUCCUGUGGGAGAAAAGGACAGCCCUCCUUCAGGGAUUUGAGCUGGACCCUUCCAACCUCGGUGGCUGGUCCCUGGACAAACACCACAUCCUCAACGUUAAAAGUGGAAUCCUGCACAAAGGCACUGGGGAGAACCAGUUCCUGACACAGCAGCCCGCCAUCAUCACCAGCAUCAUGGGCAACGGCCGCCGCCGGAGCAUCUCCUGUCCCAGCUGCAACGGCCUUGCUGAAGGCAACAAGCUGCUCGCCCCAGUCGCCCUGGCUGUUGGAGUCGACGGGAGCCUCUUUGUUGGUGACUUCAAUUAUAUCCGGCGCAUCUUUCCCUCUCGAAACGUGACCAGCAUCUUGGAGUUACGAAAUAAAGAGUUUAAACAUAGCAACAACCCUGCACACAAGUACUACCUGGCUGUGGACCCCGUGUCCGGCUCUCUCUACGUGUCUGACACCAACAGCCGGCGAAUCUACCGCGUCAAGUCUCUGAGUGGAGCCAAAGACCUGGCUGGGAACUCGGAAGUCGUGGCAGGGACCGGCGAGCAGUGCUUGCCCUUUGACGAAGCCCGCUGCGGGGACGGAGGCAAGGCUGUGGACGCCACCCUGAUGAGCCCCCGAGGUAUUGCAGUUGACAAGAAUGGGCUCAUGUACUUUGUCGACGCCACCAUGAUCCGCAAGGUCGACCAGAAUGGAAUCAUCUCCACCUUGCUGGGCUCCAAUGACCUCACUGCCGUCCGGCCCCUCAGCUGUGACUCCAGCAUGGAUGUGGCCCAGGUUCGCCUGGAGUGGCCAACAGACCUUGCUGUCAACCCCAUGGACAACUCCCUGUAUGUUCUGGAGAACAACGUCAUCCUUCGCAUCACCGAGAACCAUCAAGUCAGCAUCAUCGCGGGACGCCCCAUGCACUGCCAGGUUCCUGGCAUUGACUACUCGCUCAGCAAGCUAGCCAUUCACUCUGCCCUGGAGUCAGCCAGCGCCAUUGCCAUCUCUCACACUGGGGUCCUCUACAUCACCGAGACGGACGAGAAGAAGAUUAACCGUCUACGCCAGGUAACAACCAAUGGGGAGAUCUGCCUGUUAGCAGGCGCAGCCUCUGACUGUGACUGCAAAAACGAUGUCAAUUGCAACUGCUACUCAGGAGACGAUGCCUACGCGACUGAUGCCAUCUUGAAUUCCCCAUCAUCCUUAGCUGUAGCUCCUGACGGUACCAUCUACAUCGCCGACCUUGGGAAUAUUCGGAUCAGGGCGGUCAGCAAGAACAAGCCCGUUCUGAAUGCUUUUAACCAGUAUGAGGCUGCCUCCCCUGGGGAACAGGAGUUGUACGUCUUCAACGCCGAGGGCAUCCACCAGUACACCGUGAGCCUGGUGACGGGGGAGUACUUGUACAACUUCACGUACAGUGCUGACAACGCUGUCACCGAGCUGAUUGACAACAACGGAAAUUCCCUGAAGAUCCGUCGGGACAGCAGCGGCACGCCCCGCCACCUGCUCAUGCCCGACAACCAGAUCAUCACCCUGACAGUGGGUACCAACGGAGGUCUCAAAGUCGUGUCCACACAGAACUUGGAGCUCGGCCUCAUGACCUAUGACGGGAACACUGGCCUCCUAGCCACCAAGAGUGAUGAAACAGGAUGGACAACUUUCUAUGACUAUGACCAUGAGGGCCGCCUCACCAACGUGACACGCCCCACGGGGGUGGUGACCAGCCUCCACCGGGAGAUGGAGAAGUCCAUCACUAUUGACAUUGAGAACUCCAACCGUGAUGACGAUGUCACCGUCAUUACCAACCUGUCUUCGGUGGAGGCCUCCUACACAGUGGUACAAGAUCAAGUGCGGAACAGCUAUCAGCUCUGCAACAAUGGAACCCUGCGGGUGAUGUACGCCAAUGGGAUGGGCGUGAGCUUCCACAGUGAGCCCCACGUGCUCGCGGGCACCAUCACACCCACCAUUGGGCGCUGCAAUAUCUCCCUGCCCAUGGAGAACGGCCUCAACUCCAUUGAGUGGCGCCUACGAAAGGAACAGAUUAAAGGCAAAGUCACCAUCUUUGGCAGGAAGCUCCGGGUCCAUGGAAGAAACCUCUUGUCCAUCGACUAUGACCGGAAUAUUCGGACAGAGAAGAUCUAUGAUGAUCACCGGAAGUUCACCCUGAGGAUCAUUUAUGACCAAGUGGGCCGCCCCUUCCUCUGGCUCCCCAGCAGUGGCCUGGCGGCCGUGAACGUCUCCUAUUUCUUCAAUGGGCGCUUGGCUGGCCUUCAGCGUGGGGCCAUGAGCGAGAGGACGGACAUCGACAAGCAGGGCCGGAUCGUGUCCCGCAUGUUUGCCGACGGGAAGGUGUGGAGCUAUUCCUACCUUGACAAGUCCAUGGUGCUCCUGCUGCAGAGUCAGCGUCAGUACAUAUUCGAGUAUGACUCCUCCGAGCGCCUCCACGCCGUCACCAUGCCCAGCGUCGCCCGGCACAGCAUGUCCACCCACACCUCCAUCGGCUAUAUCCGCAACACUUACAACCCACCUGAAAGCAACGCUUCAGUCAUCUUUGACUACAGUGACGAUGGCCGCAUCCUGAAGACAUCCUUUUUGGGCACUGGACGCCAGGUAUUCUACAAGUAUGGGAAGCUCUCCAAGCUGUCAGAGAUUGUCUACGACAGCACUGCCAUCACUUUCGGGUAUGAUGAGACCACCGGCGUCCUAAAAAUGGUCAACCUCCAAAGUGGGGGCUUCUCCUGCACCAUCAGGUACCGAAAGAUCGGCCCGCUCGUGGACAAGCAGAUCUACAGGUUCUCUGAGGAAGGCAUGGUCAACGCCAGGUUUGAAUACACCUAUCACGACAACAGCUUCCGGAUCGCCAGCAUCAAGCCCGUCAUAAGUGAGACUCCCCUUCCUGUUGACCUCUACCGCUACGAUGAGAUUUCCGGCAAAGUGGAGCACUUUGGCAAGUUCGGGGUCAUCUAUUAUGACAUCAACCAGAUCAUCACCACGGCCGUGAUGACCCUGAGCAAACACUUUGACACCCACGGGCGGAUCAAGGAAGUCCAGUACGAGAUGUUCCGGUCCCUCAUGUACUGGAUGACAGUGCAGUAUGACAGCAUGGGCAGGGUGAUCAAGAGGGAGCUGAAACUGGGGCCCUACGCCAACACCACCAAGUAUACCUACGACUACGAUGGGGAUGGGCAGCUCCAGAGUGUGGCCGUCAAUGACCGCCCCACCUGGCGCUACAGCUACGACCUCAACGGGAACCUCCACUUGCUGAACCCGGGGAACAGUGUGCGCCUCAUGCCCUUGCGCUACGACCUCCGGGAUCGGAUAACCAGGCUCGGCGACGUGCAGUACAAAAUCGACGACGAUGGCUAUCUGUGCCAGCGAGGGGCUGACAUCUUUGAGUACAACUCCAAGGGCCUCCUAACGAGGGCUUAUAACAAGGCCAGUGGCUGGAGCGUCCAAUACCGCUAUGAUGGCGUGGGGCGGCGGGCUUCAUACAAGACCAACCUGGGCCACCACCUGCAGUAUUUCUACUCCGACCUCCACAACCCGACUCGCAUCACCCAUGUCUACAAUCACUCCAACUCGGAGAUAACCUCGCUCUACUAUGACCUCCAGGGGCACCUCUUUGCCAUGGAGAGCAGCAGUGGAGAGGAGUACUAUGUUGCCUCGGACAACACGGGGACUCCCCUGGCUGUGUUCAGCAUCAAUGGUCUCAUGAUCAAGCAGUUGCAGUACACUGCCUACGGGGAGAUUUACUACGACUCCAACCCUGACUUCCAGAUGGUCAUUGGCUUCCACGGGGGACUCUACGAUCCCCUCACCAAGCUGGUCCACUUCACACAGCGUGAUUAUGACGUGCUGGCGGGACGAUGGACUUCUCCAGACUACACCAUGUGGAAAAAUGUGGGCAGGGAGCCGGCCCCCUUCAACCUGUACAUGUUCAAGAGCAACAAUCCUCUCAGCAAUGAGCUGGACUUGAAGAACUACGUGACAGAUGUGAAAAGCUGGCUUGUGAUGUUUGGAUUUCAGCUCAGCAACAUAAUUCCUGGCUUUCCAAGGGCCAAAAUGUAUUUUGUGCCUCCGCCCUAUGAAUUGUCAGAGAGUCAAGCAAGUGAGAGCGGACAGCUCAUUACCGGUGUCCAGCAGACAACCGAGAGGCACAACCAGGCCUUCCUGGCUCUUGAAGGGCAGGUCAUUUCUAAGAAGCUCCACGCCAGCAUCCGCGAGAAAGCAGGCCACUGGUUCGCCACCACCACGCCCAUCAUCGGCAAAGGCAUCAUGUUCGCCAUCAAGGAGGGGCGGGUGACCACCGGCGUGUCCAGCAUCGCCAGCGAGGACAGCCGCAAGGUGGCGUCCGUGCUCAACAAUGCCUACUACCUGGACAAGAUGCACUACAGCAUCGAGGGCAAGGACACCCACUAUUUCGUGAAGAUCGGCGCGGCCGACGCCGACCUGGUCACCCUGGGCACCACCAUCGGCCGCAAGGUGCUGGAGAGUGGGGUGAACGUGACCGUGUCGCAGCCCACGCUGCUGGUCAACGGCAGGACUCGAAGGUUCACCAACAUCGAGUUCCAGUACUCCACGCUGCUACUCAGCAUCCGCUACGGCCUCACCCCCGACACCCUGGAUGAAGAGAAGGCCCGUGUCCUGGACCAGGCCAGGCAGAGGGCGCUGGGCACGGCCUGGGCCAAGGAGCAGCAGAGAGCCAGGGAUGGCCGCGAGGGCAGCCGCCUGUGGACGGAGGGUGAGAAACAGCAGCUGCUGAGCACGGGCCGCGUGCAGGGCUACGAGGGCUAUUACGUGCUCCCCGUCGAGCAGUACCCUGAGCUGGCGGACAGUAGCAGCAACAUCCAGUUUUUAAGACAGAACGAGAUGGGAAAGAGGUAACAAAAUCGUCUCCUGCCAUUCCUCGCCUGGAUGGCUCAGCGGGAGUCACUGUUAUCUCCUCUCCUAAGGAGAUGAAGACCUAACGGGGCACUAACGGCCGGGCUGCUUUAGGAGACCAAGUGGCAAGAAAGCUCACAUUUUUUGAGUUCCAAUGCUACUGUCCACACGAGAAGUCCCACCUCCUGGAGUAGACUAAAGCCCGCCGGCAAAAUUCCUGAGGAAAAAACAAACAAACAAUCAAAACACAAAACAGACGAAUGGAUGAACACACAACCAUGUUCCAAGUUCCCCUAAAAUAAUGACCCACUUGUUCAGGGUCUACGCAGCCAAGAGACAGAAAGAGACGCAAAAUGUUCAAAAGAAACAAAA